AAUAGUACUAUAUCCUUAUUUCAAUCUUUGUAUUCAUUAUAAAAAGGUGGUUAGCAGUUUCCUUCCAUUAUAAUGGAAGAAUUAUAUAUACACUUUGGUGAGCCAUCGUGGUGUACAGAGUACGGCUCAUAGGCUCGGAAUAAUGAUUAUCCAUACAGUACCUAAUCUUAGCGCACAUCCUAAUCAAUGCCCUUCAAUCAUUCCUACUGUUUAUCAAUCCAAAUUCACGAACUAUCUAUUGGAUAGUUAUCACAGAGACCACUUCUCUUCAGAAGUACUUUCAGCUUUUGAAGGCCUUUGUGAUCAUACCAUUUCAGGCCUCCCAGAAGCUAUAUUCCGUUAUUUAAGUGAUUUGCGACAGCAGCCUUUCCAACCUUCGAUGUGCAGCUUCAUCUUUGCACUUUCCGAGUCACCCAUAUUUACCGCACACCAUGGCGGCCUAUGAAAACACGACGAGGCCUCGGAAAACAAUAACUACGUAUGGGAAACCAUCACGAAAACAUCUUGCAGGCCAUAGCUACGCUAAACUUGUUCAUCGUGCAAUCCCUCCAGAUUUAACAAAGACAGGCAUUAUCACAAACAAUGAGCCCAGCUCAUCAAAUCAUGAAAGGGCUCCCAAUGCCUACAGCGCUUCACCUAGCACAACUUCCGCCCCAAAAACAAAAUCUGCGGUCGAUUUGUACGAUGUGCCACUCAGCGAUGAUGAAGACCCUCCUUUGAUGCGGAAAAACGUUACAAAGUCUGCGCAGAGAGUCAAGGUAAAGUCCGCCAUGUUCGAUGUACUGCCGAGCGAUGAAGAGGGGCAAUCUACAAUGCGGAAGAAGUUUCCCAAGUUGAAACAGAAAGCUCUGCAAAAUUCUUCCAUAUACGAUAUGUCACUCAGCGAGGAUGAGAUUCCACCUUCGGCAAGGAAAAAUCCCUCCAAGUUAUUACCAAAAGCCAAUGAAAAGCCGACCACCAUUCGAAGAGUGAAACAUUCGAAUAUAACAGCGCCUGCGAAUAACGAUUUAGAGGGAAUGCCCGAGCAUAAGAAGAGGAAGCUUUCGCCAGCUGGGCAACCGCGACAGGUGCCUGCCAAACUCCCAGUAGUUCCUCUCAAAGAACCACCAAACCCACAAAACAGGAAGGCACAGUCGAUUUCGAAUGCUCCACCAAAGCGACUUGCCGUUCACACCAAACCUAUUUCGCACUCUGACCCAAAACAAUCAACGGUACUUCGAGGUCUACAGAGGCAGAGAAAUAUAGCACCCCAGUCACAAGUCCUCAAGUCACCCGCGUCCACCGACAGUGACAUAAGCUUACAGUUAGCCGCACGCCCCAAGCACCAUAUGUCGCCAAAGGCUGCGGAGCUAGGGGAUGCCCUCCUUGACAAAGACCAUGAAACUGAAGGAGCUGCAAGUACCAGUGGAGACGAGCUCUCUCUUUUCAUGACUAAGCCGAAGAAACCAUAUCCAAUGGCCAGGAAAUUGUCUAAAUCAGCGGCAGUUGCAAAACCCACGAGCAUAACUCCUCGCAAACGAUUGAUUGAUUCACUAGUGAAGCAGGCUCCGCACCAAGAUUCAGACGAAGAAGAAGAUGACGACGAUGAUGAAUCCGGGAAGGAGCAUGAUAAUUCCCAGCUUGAGGAUCAUUUUCAACAUUUGCACAACUCGAGAGUUCAAAGUCUUACUCCGGAACCCCAAAAUUUUACUACAUCUGCACAAGCCAGCCAAGGCUCCCAGAUCACAGGGCCGAAAUUCACGUAUAGUCGGCAACGCUCUAUGCUUGUUGAAGAGGAUAUGAUGGAGCAAUUAGCAUUUGAUAUGCCCCUGGAGACCCCGCAGGGCUCACAACGCCGCCGUGGCUCCAUACCUAGCCUAAAGCCUUUAUUAAGCUUUCGCGAAGACGAAGAAGGCGAAGAUGAAGCUGCGAACACUACUAUUCGCACAAUCCACGAACUGAGACAAGCAGGGGCAAACAGCCGUUUUGCCGAUGAAGUGGAAGAUUUACUCGAUCGCAUUGGCAAACCCACCGCAAAGCCGUCCUCUCUGCGACGUUCUGGCCUUUUAGAUCUGGGCAUCAAAAUGAAGGACAAGGCUUUUGUUCGGCAGUUUCGUGCCCAUGGUGCUGAACAACGACUCUUUGUUGACUUAGGCGAAGAGAUUGACGUCGUAUCGGGAUUCUUGAUGAUUUCACUCGUCACGCCUAUUUUGGCAGAGGGAAGCGUACCUCUCGUGGUAUCGCAACUUCAACGACAGGGUAUUUCAAAGCUACUAAAUCGUCUCAUAUCCGUUGAAAAAAGCAUCAUUUCUGUGACGAAAGAACGCAAGACGAACAUGUCAAAAAUGGCACAGAACUCCAUAUCAGCAUAUCAUGAUUUUCUGCUGGAAAUUUCAGCAUGGAAGGAUCUCAGCCCGGUUGAACUUUCACCUCGAACCUUGGCCCUGAAAUGCCUCGAGCUUAUGGUCCGACAAAGUAGAGAGGCUGGAGAUGCCAGCGACAUAAUUUCUGAAGAGUUGAAUACCAGUUUGUUUGAGAUAUUGACAUCAUCGGAUAACGAUGCUUCAUGGCAUCUUCCUCACGGAACGGAAGCGAUUGACUUCUAUUUGACAUUAUCCACUCUAGAAUCCCACUCUCUCGUGGCAAGAACCACCCAAGAUGAAACAAUUUGGCUUCAUCAAUUGUUGCCCAUCAUAGGCAAUGCCCUCAAUACCGCUUUGAAUCGGCCACUUGAUAGCUUUGGCGAGCAACAGAUCUUGGCAUUGAAAUUGACAUUGAACGUUACCAAUCACAAUCCGAAAGCUUGUGAUGCAAUUGCGAACUCGGAUCUCAUGUACACCAUUCUUCGCGUCGUUGUUGCGAAGUUCAAAAGAAUGUCAAAUUUGUGGGCGGAGGAGGAAAUUAUUGUGGCAGUGGACAAUUUGAUCCUGCUCAUCGGAGCGAUGAUCAACUUCGCGUUGUGGAGUCCGAAAGCACUCAAAAACAUCGACAAAUUUGCCGGAGCGGCCCAAGACCCCUUGGAUGAAUUGAUUCGUCUAUUUGUCGACAACAGAGAGAAAACCUUCGAGGUAAGUUCUUGCAUUCAGUUUCCAUUCCGGUAUACUAAUUUCAAUAGGCGGACUCCCAACAUGAAUCGCACAAAAACGUUCCGCUCGGAUACCUAUCUGUAUUGUUGGGCCAUUUUUGCUUGUUACCGGCCAUCGAGAAACGGAUUCGGAUGCGACAGAGGACGAAAACACUUCGGCCUCUAAUCACAUCUAUUAAUGAAUUUAUCGUCUAUCACAAAGCAGCCGACGAUGAGAUCUCUCCAAGUGAAGAAGGGCGCAAUCCUCACGUUACUGUGACAAAGCAAUUCGAAGAUCUCGUGAAAAAGUUGCUACAAAUCAAAGGAGCCGACGCGUGAAAUGAUAGAAAGACUUUUGGAGAAGGCAGUCAACAGAAGGCGUUUGAUAUGGAUGUCAUGGGUAUGAUGGUUACAGUGGAUACGAUGGAUAUGAUAGAAAUGUUUUGAUACUUUAUGAUAUAUUUUAGGCGUUCAGUUCAGAGAGAAGAUCUUGCAAUAUACCCUAGAUACGAUUGUUUCGGGAUGGGGGAGGAGGGGUUUAGGAAAGUAUGAUAUGGAGGGAUCCUUAAUCGAAAAUAUCCAUAGGGUGCAGCUGGGUUUGCACCAGAAUCCCUGGCCACCGAA